CCGGCUCUCGGUCGCGGGGUGGCCCCGCUGCACCGCUUCCGGAUCCCAGAGUCAGGGGCGCGCUCGCACCGGUCCCGGAGCCAACAGGCGGCCGGAAGGGCACUGCGCGGGGACUAGCGUCGGAGCGCGCCGCCGGCCACCCUUGACCGCCCAGACGCCUCUCUCCUUCCCGUUACUGGCCAAACCAGCUGGACGAGCCGAACUCGCCGCGGCAACCUGCGGGAUUAGGUGGCUCCGGACUUCCCACUGUCGCCGCAGCCGGGGCGGGCAGGGGGGCCCGCGGCGCUCCGGAGCCCUCUCGGUCGCCACCGCCGGGCGGCAUGGAGGCCCACGGGGACCGGGAGGAGCUGGCCCGGCUGCGCUCGGUCUUCACGGCCUGCGACGCGAACCGCUCGGGGCGGCUGGAGCGCGAGGAGUUCAGCGCGCUGUGCGCAGAGCUGCGCGUGCGACCUGCCGACGCCGAGGCCGUGUUCCAGCGGCUCGACGCCAACCGCGACGGCGCCAUCACCUUCCAGGAGUUCGCGCGCGGCUUCCGCGGGACCCACCGCAGGGAGCGGCGCCGGGGUGAGGAGCCGCGGGAGCCCGCGUCCGCAGCUGCAGAGGCGGGGCCCGACUCCUGGGACAGCGAGGAGGACGCGGCGACGGUGCAGGGCGCUCCGUGGGGCUCGGCGAGCCCCUGCCGGGCUUGGCAGGACUUCCAGGAGCGACUCGGGGACGAAGCCAAGUUCAUUCCCAGAAAAGAGCAAGUUAGUACCCUGUAUGAAAACAUCAACCUUGUGGAAUCGAGACUUAUUCAGCCAUAUGAACACGUUAUAACGAAUUUUAUCCAUGAGAUCAAGCUUCAGAGCAUGGAAAUGGAAAACCUGGCCAUUGCCGUGAAGAGAGCCCAGGACAAGGCAGCCAUGCAGCUGAGUGAGCUGGAAGAGGAAAUGGAUCAGAGGAUUCAGGCAGCAGAACACAAGACGCGGAAAGAAGAAAAACGGAAAGCUGAAGAAGCUCUUAGUGACCUCAGACGUCAGUAUGAAGCAGAAGUAGGAGAUCUGCAGGUGACCAUAAAAAAACUCAAAAAGCUAGAAGAACAAUCAAAACACAUAAGUCAAAAAGAAGAUGUGGCUGCGUUAAAAAAACAAAUUUAUGAUUUAUCAAUGGAAAAUCAGAAAGUGAAGAAAGACCUUUUAGAAGCACAGACAAAUAUAGCCUUUCUUCAGAGUGAAUUAGAUGCAUUGAAAAGUGAUUUUGCUGAUCAGAGCCUGAAUUCUGAAAGGGAUCUGGAAAUAAUCCGAGAGUACACAGAAGAUCGAAAUAGUCUUGAGAGGCAAAUUGAAAUCCUCCAAACAGCUAACCGGAAACUUCAUGACAGUAAUGAUGGCUUAAGGAGUGCCUUAGAAAACAGUUACAGCAAGUUCAACAGAUCCUUGCGCAUAAACAAUAUAUCUCCAGGUAACACAAUUCCUAGAAGCAGCCCCAGAUUUAAUGCUCAUUCGCCUCAACCUCUGGUCUAUGACAGGUCAUCCCGCUCUUCCUAUGUGGAUGAAGACUGUGACUCUUUGGCCCUCUGCGAUCCUAUGCAGAGGAUGAAUUGUGAAGUUGACAGUCUGCCCGAGAGCUGCUUUGACAGCGGAUUGUCUACGCUGAGAGAUUCCAACGAGUACGACUCCGAAGUGGAAUACAAACACCAGAGGUGCUUUCAGAGGUCGCAGUGUGCUCAGGAGAGCUUUGGGGGUGAUGCUUCAGACACAGAUGUUCCUGAAAUAAGGGAUGAAGAGACAUAUGGUUCGGAAGGUGUGGCUUCCAUCUUAGACUGGAAGCUGCAAGAGUCCACCAGCGAAGGCAGCCUCGUUAGUUCUUCAAGAAAGCCGAUCUCAGUGCUUUCACCCCAGACAGAGCCGGCAGUUGAGAACCGUCAAUCUCCCAGCUCACAGAAGGCGUACAAGAUUGUGCUUGCCGGGGAUGCCGCAGUGGGGAAAUCUAGUUUUCUCAUGAGACUUUGCAAGAAUGAAUUUCGAGGAAAUACAAAUGCCACCCUAGGAGUUGAUUUCCAAAUGAAAACCCUCAUUGUGGAUGGAGAGCGAACCGUCCUGCAGCUCUGGGAUACAGCUGGUCAGGAGAGAUUCAGAAGUAUCGCCAAGUCUUACUUCAGAAAAGCAGAUGGUGUUUUGCUGCUGUAUGAUGUUACAUGUGAGAAAAGCUUCCUCGAUGUGCGAGAAUGGGUUGAUAUGAUUGAGGACGCAACCCAUGAAAAUAUUCCUAUCAUGUUGGUAGGAAACAAGGCUGAUCUUCGUGAUCCUGCUGCCACAGAGGGACAAAAGUGUGUUCCAGGAUACUUUGGAGAAAAACUGGCCAUGACGUAUGGGGCAUUAUUCUGUGAAACAAGUGCCAAAGAUGGUUCGAAUAUAGUGGAAGCUGUUCUCCAUCUUGCUCGGGAAGUGAAAAAAAGAACCGAUGAGGAUGAUAGCAAAUCCAUUACCACCCUGACUGGGGCCACUUCCAGAAAGUCAUCACAGAUGAAGAAUUGUUGUAAUGGUUAAAAAUCCAAAGCCUCCUUGCCGUAUGAAACCUUCAUUUUCAGAGUACUGAAUUUCCAUGACUUGUUUGGUUUUUACACGGAGUGGUGUAUCCUAAGGCCACUUUCAUCUGGAGAGUUACACCGUGGGCAAUCUCAUCAUACUCGGUGGUCCCUCCAAACCCUCAGCUCUUCUUCGCCACAUCUCAAUGAACUACUUGAGACCUCUGGUUAAAUGUGGUCUUGUCCUUAGAGAGUCUUAAAAGGUAAAGUGUAAAUGUUUUUAAACUUGGAAAAAAAUCAUAUGCUCAGAUCAAAGUUAUAGAAGAUAGUAAUACACUGACAUAAUUAGUAAGCUGGUUUUGCAGAUAACCCAACACGCCAUUUUCUUAAAAUAUUCAAUGCUAGAGUGCUAGUAAAAGGGGGUUCUCAUCCUAGCUUUGCUGUUAAAUAGUCUUGUGGUCUUGGACAUGUCACCAGCUUAUAGUGGAUCUGUCUCCUCGUUUGUAAAACAAGCAGCUUGGCUUUGAAGCCCUUGCAGGCCCUGGGCCCUCUCAAGUUCUGUAGUGCUUAAACAGGGAAGGAGAGUGGGAGGGCCUGCAGGUACCGAAGACCCUGAUUAUCCAAGAUUUUUAAAUAUCAGGAAAUUGAUUUUUCUCACACCUGAAAAAAGAACAGAAAUUAGUUGAGAAAAAAAUGGUAGUUUUAGGCUCUUAUGGAAAUAGAAAAAUCUAUUUAUUUUGUAUAAAGAAAGCUUUUUUGAUACAAAAUAGAAGUAUAUAAAAAGGGUGUUUUAUAGUCUCAGAAUGCUAUGAAGUUCAUUAUUUAAAUUAAUCUUAGAUAGUUCAAUGAAAACAUUUUAAAGUCAUAUACUACUAAAAUUACAAGGCCCAGGAAAAUUGUCACUCUUCACUUAAAAACAAAAAUUCAGUAGCCAGUGGUUGCCAGGGUCCAGCAGGGAUAGGGCAAUGGGGAGUGACGGCUAAUGAAUACAAGGUUUUUUGGGGGGAAGAUGAGAAUGUUCGGGAAUUAGAGAGAGGUUGUGGUUGUAAAACUUUGUGAAUACACUAAAAACCACUGAAAUGUACACUUUCAAGGGGUGCAUUUUAGGGUAUUGUUUUAUAUCAUUAAAAUAAUACAGUAGCAUUUAGCAAUUUCAAAUUUUGCCAAAUAAAAAUAUGCACGCUUAUUUCAAACCUUCCCAUGGUUUAAAAGCAUAAUCUCCAAUAUAAUGCAAAUCCCCGGACUUCUUAGUUGCCAGCAAUAACUCCCUUAAAUAAUAAACAAGAAAGAAAUGUUACUUAACAGUUUUGGAAGAUGGUAUCUUUAAAAUAGGAGUUGCCUUUAAGAAAGGUAAGACUCUGCCUUACCUGAGGUGAGAGAAGGUGCCUCCCGCCCUUCCCAGGAAAUGUGUCUAGCAGCUCAAGGAGUCACACCUGCUCUCAGGGCAGGUCAGAGACUCAAGGUUUCAGUCACCCGAAGCAAUUAAAUUAUUCACAGCAAGACAUUUCACUCACCUCGGUUUGUAUAGUUCCAGGUCCCAAGUAACUUGCUGAAGAAGCUUAAACAGUAGCUUUUAUUUGCUGUAUUAUAUAAAGCUCAAAAUAUUUCUUUUCGUUGAAUUAAAAUAAUUUCACGUAGCAGACUUUCUCAUGUUCAUGAUUUUUUUGUGAUCAAGCCUUAAGUUCCCCAAGCUUCACUUUAAAAAAAAAAAAAAGAAAAUUGGCCAGGUAUGUUAGACGAAGAGCUCUCUCUAUUGAGGACCUCUAGUAAUUUUUUUUUUUUUGAGUGAAAAUUUGGGUCUAUCCUUAGCAGCCCCACCAUGAAUAGCUAUUUCAUGGAAGAAAAGUGAUUUUUCUGGUCCCAGAAUGGUAACAUUUUUCACGAAAAGGACGAAUUACUUGACAUUUGUGUUGAAUUGUUGAUAUAAACAGGGGAGGAAGUGGUUGUUUUGUGGCGUUGUGAAACAUGGUGAAACAAAAGUUUUGCUACUGCUGUUUGACUCAAUAGUUAGCUCUUGAGCCGAGAUUAGAAUGAAGCUGAUAGAUAAUAUGUGCUGACAUAUGGGACAUGUGUCAGGCUGUUUGAUGCAAUCGCACAAAACUGUGCUAGUAUAAAUGUUAUCCUGUUUACCUUUAUUUAUUUCCCCCUAAAGUGUCCCUUUAUAUUUUUGUCUUACAAUCUGUAAAUAAGAGUAUACAUUUGAUGCAGAAGUGUUAUCUUGAUUUAUGCAUGUGUAUUGUAGGGCCAGUACACCCAAAUUUAUUAGGAGAUGUGCCUGUGGUGGACAAAGCAAUCAUCUUUAACUGUUUAAAACUGGAUAUGUAUUUUGGCAACAUAAUCCAAAUUAGAGACCAUAUUGCUGUGGUUAGCAAUUGUUUUUUUGUUUUUUUUUUAAUAGAGAAAAACUGUUUAUGCUCUUUCAGCUUCAUUGCUGGGAGACUACUACAAAUAUAGUGAUUUCAUGAAGGUGUUCUCAAAUUUAUGUAUUUUCAGUAAGAACAAAAGUAUUUAAUGUCUGUAUCGUAGACUUAAUUUGAUACAUUUUUACAUUCUUAUGCAAGUAACUCGCCUUGCCUCUAUUUCUCUUUAGAGAGCUUUUAAAAUCACAAUUAUAUUGCAUUCCUGUUUUAUGUGUCCUGACACAUUGGAUAAUAUUUUAAUUUUAUCAUGGAAAAGAAUGUUUGAUGAGGAGACAUUUUUCACUAUUAACUUUUAGCUGCAUACAUUUUCAUAAUUUAUUUUUUCUGCUUGCUGCUUUAUAUGACAUAUGUGACAUUUGAUUAUUUAAUACUAAAUGUGAUUUGCAUAAACCCAAGUUGCACAACCCUCCUGCUGGAGAUAAAAUUGAGGUUAAACAUAGAGAUUUAUUUUCAUAUUUGUACAGUGAUCAGAUCAGACUGAUGGUUUUGUGGCCUUUUAUUGUAUAUGUGUGUAAGAAAAUUCAUAUGUAUAUAUAAAGUAGGCCUCUGAGUAUUAAGUAAUUGUUUUAUGAUUUUGAUUUAUAUGGUUUACAUUUUCAUAGCAUGGGCCAUAUUUCGUUUCUACUGUUUAUUUCUCUUCAAACCGUUAAUAAUUAUAGCAUAAAGGGUAAUUUUAUGGCAAUGCAAAUGUCUGAGGAACAACAAAUAUUUUCUGAAUUGUAAAUUCAAUAAAGUAUGCUUCCUUUGGC